CCGCCCCCAGCCCCAGCCGCGCUCUCCCCGUGCGGCGGGACUCGCGGACGGCCCCGUGCGGCCAUGCGGGUCCCGGGCCGGAGCCCCGGCGCGGUGCGGCUCCCCCGGCGGAGGCGGCGGGCGCGGGGCGCGCUCUGAGGCCGGGGGAUGCGCCGCCGCCGCGACCAUGGGCGCCGCCGCCUCCCGGAGGAGGGCGCUCAGGAGCGAGGCCAUGUCCUCGGUGGCGGCCAAAGUGCGAGCAGCCCGAGCAUUUGGCGAGUACCUGUCCCAGAGUCACCCUGAGAAUCGGAAUGGUGCAGACCACCUGCUGGCCGAUGCCUACUCUGGCCACGACGGAUCCCCCGAGAUGCAGCCUGCCCCUCAGAACAAGCGCCGCCUCUCCCUCGUCUCCAACGGCCGCUACGAGGGCAGCCUCUCAGAGGAGGCUGUUGGUGGGCAGCCGGCCGGUGAGGGCCCCCAGCCCCGUGUGUACACCAUCUCUGGGGAGCCGGCCCUUCUGCCCAGCCCGGAGGCCGAGGCCAUUGAGCUGGCUGUGGUGAAGGGGCGGAGGCAGCGGGAGCGGCACCCCCACCACCACAGCCAGCCCCUGCGUGCCAGCCCGGGGGGGAGCCGAGAGGACGUCAGCAGGUCCUGCCAGAGCUGGGCAGGCAGCCGCCAGGGCUCUAAGGAGUGUCCUGGAUGCGCCCAGCUGGCCCCUGGUCCCAGCCCCUCCCCUCGAACCUUUGGGCUGGACCAGCCACCUCUGCCUGAGGCCACCAACCGCCGCAAGAAGCUGGAGAGGAUGUACAGUGUCGAUCGUGUGUCUGAUGACGUCCCCAUCCGUACCUGGUUCCCCAAGGAAAACCUCUUCAGCUUCCAUACAGCAACCACAACUAUGCAAGCUGCUGACUCGUGGUGGUUUCCCAGGGUGUUCAGGGGCUACGCGGAGAGGAAGCGCCGGAAACGGGAGAAUGAUUCCGCGUCUGUAAUCCAGAGGAACUUCCGCAAACACCUGCGCAUGGUCGGCAGCCGGAGGGUGAAGGCGCAGAGUAAGACCCCGGGCAGGUGGGCAGCGUUCGCUGAGCGGCGGGAGCGGAGCUUCAGCCGGUCCUGGAGCGAUCCCACCCCCAUGAAAGCCGACACUUCUCACGACUCCCGAGACAGUAGUGACCUGCAGAGCUCGCACUGCACCCUGGGGGAGGCCUUUGAGGAUCUGGACUGGGAGACUGAGAAGGGCCUGGAGGCUGUGGCCUGUGACACCGAGGGCUUUGUGCCCCCCAAGGUCAUGCUCAUCUCCUCCAAGGUACCCAAAGCUGAAUACAUCCCGACCAUCAUUCGCAGGGACGACCCAUCCAUCAUCCCCAUCCUCUAUGACCACGAGCAUGCGACUUUUGAGGACAUCCUGGAGGAAAUAGAGAAGAAGCUGAAUGUCUACCACAAGGGGGCCAAGAUCUGGAAGAUGCUGAUCUUCUGCCAGGGUGGCCCCGGACACCUGUACCUGCUCAAGAACAAGGUGGCCACGUUUGCCAAAGUGGAGAAAGAAGAGGACAUGAUCCACUUCUGGAAGCGGUUGAGCCGCUUGAUGAGCAAAGUGAACCCAGAGCCAAACAUCAUUCACAUCAUGGGCUGCUAUAUUCUGGGGAAUCCCAACGGGGAGAAGCUCUUCCAGAAUCUCAGGAGCCUCAUGACCCCAUACAGGGUCACCUUCGAGUCCCCAUUGGAGCUGUCGGCCCAGGGGAAGCAGAUGAUCGAGACCUACUUUGACUUCCGGCUGUACCGCCUGUGGAAGAGCCGCCAGCACUCGAAGCUGCUGGAUUUCGAGGACGUGCUCUGAGGGCCAGGCCUGCACCCGGCUGCUCCCUUGGACUAGUGGCUGGGGCUGGGCCGCGUGGGUCCCAGUGUUCACGGCCUAUUCAGGGCACCCUCAGAUGUCCCUCAGGUUCCCUGCCAGGGGGUCUGGCCCUCACUGCACCACGGGCCACAGAGGUCAGAGCCUCGGCCCACGCAGCCAGGGGUUGCCCGGCACCCAGACGCUGAUGGGGCCUCAGCCCUGUACCGGGCAGCUCCUCAAUGUGGGUUCAUAGAAAUAAGUGCAAUUUUCACACCCCCAAAACAAUUCGAAGGGAAGCGUUACUAGUUGAAUAGUUCAGUGCUCUGUUACCAGUUAUGGUGUAGACAACCCAGUCCGACAUGUGUUCAGGACCCUCUCUGCCCCCAGCCACCCCCUAGCCCUGCCGUAUUUGAUCACCAGCACCAGGGCGGCCCGUCUGUGGGGCAGUGCUGCCCGGCUGUCCGGCCUGGCUCCAGCCCUGGCCGAGACCCCGAUGGUUUGCGCUUUUGCCCUCUUGUACCCCCUGCUUCCUCUGACCUCAGCCACACCGGCCCAGCAGGGGCACCUGGGCAGUCGUGGAGGGGGCAGGCCUGCGCUGCCCUGGAGGAGGUUCUGGGUCGAGCUGGGUCCUGCCCGCUCCCCAGCCUCCAGCGGCCGCCACCCCAAUGCUACAGUGUGGCUCAGCUCUCGCCUGCCCAGGUCUGCAGCACUCUCCCAGUGCACAGGGUUCCGCGGGGCGGCUGGGCUGGGUCCCGGGGGGCGGGCACCCCCGCAGCUCUGAGCAGCCAGUGGACUGCGGGCCUGUGGCCUUUCUGGGCCAGCUCUUGUAUAUAGCUGGGGCUCGGGGGCAGGCCCCCCUUCACAGAGCCUGGGUCUGAGGACACUUGGCUGUUCCCUCAGCAGAAGGAGGGGCAGGGGUGUGUGCUGGGCUCUGAAUGAUGUACGAUAUAUCCCUUAGAGUGACCAUUAAACCUGACCCUCCGCUGCG